UCUUGCUGACGAAUGACUGAACGAGCGCGCUUCUUCUUGCAGAGGGAAAACACAAGUGGAGACGCGCUUAUGUAAGCCGUCUACCUGGGCCCGCAUCAGAUUGUCGUCCUCAGCGAGUUGGUGAUUGAUUGCCCAGGCUCAAAACACCACUCCCCCUCCAACGCCGACACCAUGUCGCGCCGUCUGGUCUCUUCGGUCCGCCUCGCUUCGCAGGCCCGCCUUACCCCGUGGCAGGGGCUCGUCUCACGAUCGUCUUCUUCGGUGCUUCACAUGUCGCAAAGACAAAGCUCGACGAACACCAGCCCGCCGUCUCCCUCUGCAGCCCCUUCACCAGCACAGACACAAGCUCAAGCUCAAGCUCAAGCCCAGGCUCAAGGGCAAGCGGCGGCGGCGGCAGCACCAGCUGCAGCGACAGCACAGCGCCCAGCCACAUCGGACACGGCCGAGCGCAACGAUCGACGCCGGCACGGCUACUUUUACCGCGACAUCCUGCCCCCGUUUCUGCGCGUGCUGGCCUAUGGCUCGGCCGCCUACUUUGCCCUGCACCUCGCCUGGCAGUACCUCGAUGGACGCGAACAGAAGCAGCUCGAGGAGGAAGUCCGGCGCGAGCUCGAGGAGGAGGUCCGGCUGCGCGUCGAGGCGCAGAAGGAGCGGGAGCAAAAGCGAGCCAAGGGCUGGUUCAGCUGGUUCGGCGGGGGCGCCGCUGCUAGCAAGUGAUGGAAGACGCUGCGAGCGGUUCGGGGUUCUUUCACCUGUCACGAUUGUCUUUUGUCACGACUGUCUCGAAGGGAAUUACCAGGCUGAUCUUGUGAUUGAGUGAGAGAGCGUUGUACACCAGUGUGAGCUCCCUGCUUUCCAUCCACGAAAGCGGGAAUCUCCUGGACCCUCAGCCGACCAAUGCUCGGACCCUACCUGAUCCUAGGAGCUUGGUCCGUCCUUCUCCCCAUGAAACUUCUCAGUCAAAAAGUACCGUUCACGAGUAGUGUUCAUAUGAGCUUGCUGCUCGUUCCACGCGCGACACACACGCCUCGGAAAAAGAG